AUGGUCUUUGGCAGUGAUUGUUUGAUAACUAAUAAGCUUUUGUUAACAUCUGGCCAUACAUUUGAUCCAGUACAAUUGGCUACUGAUAAAGUAUCUUAUUCUAUAAUAUUAGUGGCUUUUUGUGAUCCUGCUCCUGAUACAGUUUUUUCGUUUCUAAAUCCUCAUCAAACUGUAUAUCAAGCUAAAAUAAUUCAACGUGGUAUAGUAGAGGACCACAUUACUGAUUAUACUGAAAUCAAAGAUAAUUAUACAGAUCUUGCUUUACUUGAAUUAGAUAAUGAAGUAGCAAAUGUAACAAUAGAUCAAUAUUUUGAUCCCAAAUUCGAUUUAAAAUCAUCAAAACUAGUUGAUGUUCCACUAAAUUCAAAACUAUAUCUCGUUGGAUACAAUGGGGAAUUAAUUGAUCAAGAUGAAUUAAAACCUUACCAAUAUUUGAAAGAUUUCAAUGAUUUAACAAUCGAAAAGCUGAAUCUUUAUCAUCAUGUUAAUUACAAAUCUAUUUCAAUAGGAAAUCUUAUAAAAGAAGCAUGUGAAAAUGAUCAAUAUUCUUUACAUAACUGUAGCACCUUACCUGGUUCUAGUGGUUCAUUUAUAUUGGACUGCUACGGAAGUUUAGCCGGUGUUCAUAUUGGUGUAAAUAACUCUCGAAAAGGAAGAGAAAAUGAUAUCUUUUUUAAUAAAAAAGCAUAUAAUAAAUAUGUUUCAAUUAAAUCAAAUCAAUUUCGAACAUUUAUUCUUGAAACAGUUUUACCAAAUAUCAAACAUGACGAAUUAAUAAAAAAAUGA